AGUAAUACACCGUAAAGCAAACUAAAAAAUUGAAAAACAAUAUCAAAAUAAACGAAGUAUUGAAGUUUAAAAAUCAAAGACAUUUUUUUAUGAAAAUUCAAACAGUUGCAAAGAAAUAUAAAUCGGGAAUCUUAAUGUGUAUGUGCAGCUCGUUCAUUGUAUCUAACCUAACUAUCUAUUACCUACAGACUUGUUUGCUGGGUUGAGUACUUUAAAAAAACUCUAUACUCUGAUAUGAUCACAGACAAGAACUCAGCGACAACAACAAUUUUUUUAAUAAACUAAACAAAAACAUUAAUAUUCGUGAUAAGGCUACGACUAUUAUGGAACCAGUAAAGAAUCAAAACUAACUUAACAACAAAGCACACAAUCUUGCAUACCAAGUAGAAAAUAAAAUUUGUAGGGUAUUUAAUGAUACACAAAGCAAAUCUACAAAUCCAUAAAGUCAGUGUAAACAGUACUAGCGUAGACGGCACGCGACACGUCGCGCUUUUGAAUAAACCUCAUCAAGUGAAACACUUACAACGAUCUCAAACACUACAACUUGACGCUAUGCAUAGACCAGUUUUGUAUCAUCAGCACAAUGCCAUACAAAAAUCCAUUGCGGAAAAAGUGAUUAGCAAAUAUGCCAAAUGGAUGCAAUGGCGAAACGAUGGAUUGGAUAGUCUCAUUGAUGUGGGCACCGGUACCGGCAAUGUUCUCAUGGAAAUUGUUAAGCCCCAUAUAUCUAAGGCAUAUCGCAGAGUAGUGGGCAUUGAUAUGGCAAGCGAUGCCAUAGCUUUUGCCAAAACUUAUUAUAAAUCUCAACGAAAGGUGGAAUUCAAAAUUCUGGAUAUUGGUACGGAGAAUGAAUUGCCAGCGGAUCUCAUAGGACAGUUUGAUCAUGUCACAUCAUUCAAUUGUUUGCAUUGGAUCAAUAAUCAAAUACAAGCUCUAAAAAAUAUUUACCAGCUGAUAAGACCAGAAGGCGGCGAUUUUCUUCUAUGCUUUCAACCCUAUUUGCCAUUUUUCGAUAUUUACGAAGUUUUGCAAAAUACCUCUACUUGGUCACCAUACAUUGGACAUAUCGAUUAUUUUGGUGGUCCUUUGCAACGCAUUGAAGAAGACGAACUUUCAAACCUUUUGGAGGAAAUAGGAUUUGAUAAUGUUGAAAUUGAAUAUUCUUUUGGAGUUCAUACUUAUCAGAGUGAAAAAGAGUUUAAAGAACACAUGGCAGCAAGCUGUAUGUUUUUAAAACAUAUACCGCCUCAGCUUCAUUCAACUAUAAUGAAGGAUUUUGUAGAUAUAGCGCAAAGAUUGGGUUGCCGAGCAUCAAGUCCAUCUGGUAACAAAUGCAAAUAUUCUUUGAAUUUCACCAAUGCGGUGGUCUAUGCCAAAAAGUUACCCCAGUGCCAUUGAUAAAUUAGAAAAAAACGUAACAGAAUUGGAGCAGAAGAAAUAUAUGAAACUUAUUGUUCGUA